ACUAAGUCUCGAAUGAGUGACCAUGAAUCGUUCUAAGCUGUGGAAAAAACGAGGCCGCUACAAGAAAUUCUUGCACCCUGGUGCAAAAUUCGAAGUGCCGAAGUCGACAGUCAGCAGACACCGGCUCGCGAAUGCAGCGGUAUCUUCAGUUGCCGAAAAUCAGACAGGCACGUCCUGGGGCGACGGGGAAACCACAAGCUCUACUGCGAUUCCUCUGCAAACUGAUGCAUUGCCUCUGAACGAAAAUAUUACACAGCCAGAUGAAGAUUUGGCUGGUGACUCGAGUGAGGCAUCCCAUUACAGCCUGGGAGCUGUCCUCCCGUUGCUCUUUUACGAAGAUCUCAUUACCCGCCUCAUUCGCCGUUACCCGUCCUGUUCGUGA